AACCUCUUUCCGGAAUCGUCUUCGCUAGCUACAGAUGGCUAACUCCAAGCUAAAGCAAAGCGGCUCGGUUGGCUGCGGCGACGAGCGUUAGUAUCACAUCAACAGAAAGGAUUUACUCACUUGAAAACACAUCAAAACGCUGUUAUACAACACUCCAAUAAGGGGGAGCUGUCUCAUUUGCCGCUUCACCAGCCUUCUCUGAUGAAUGAAAGCCCUUGAAGAUGGAGGUUUACUCUACCCUAUAAUUGUAGCCUUUGUAUUUGUGGGACCUGCUGCCAGUUGACCAGUGGACCUCACUUCUCAACAUGAAGCCUGUCAGCUAUCAAAGCAUGCCAUCGUCUGUGAACGGUGGACACCCGAAUUUGGCUUUGGAUCGUGUAUUGAGCACGUCAAACGUGAUGUAUUGUGACAAAUGUGGAUUUGCAUCUACAGACGCAGCAGUGUUCAAGAAGCACAUGAUCGAGCAUAUGGGGACGCGGUUUUACUGUUUUUAUUGUAACAAUGUCUCAUUCAGUGAGGCAGAGUUAAAUGCUCACCUGAAGCAACACACUGCAAAGUAUCCUUUCAAAUGUCCCCACUGUGGACAGGGGUAUAUGAGGAGGCUGUGCCUUGUGAAGCACAUUGAUCGUUUGCAUAGUAAAAGCAUUAGUCAAGGACCUGCUAAGCCUGGCACCACAAAAAAUUCACAUAUUCCUGUCUCCAGUGCCUUACCAAGUGUGCCCUCUGCUGAUCCAUCAUCUCUUCUACCAGCUGUUCGGGUAAAAAUACCUACCCCGAGUGCAGCUGCAGUCAGACUGGGUAAAGAUGAACAGAGGGGGAAAACACUGGACGCAAAUGCAUCAAAUGCCACUAAUGGUAAUGCAGAACUUUAUACCCCUUUGAAUGGACUCAUUCAGCACAACAGGGCCCUAACGGUCUCUCUUCCAGAGGAAGUAACUAUCCCUGCUGGGUGUUUGGUUGAACUUGUUGAGGUGAAAACUGUCAAUGGGACAAAGGAGCUAAAGCUGAGGCUCGUCUCUCAACAAGAAAAUGAGUCUGUGAUAAAAGACACAAGGACCACAGUCUCUCAAAAUGCUGCACUGGGUAAGCCACUCUCAUCCACAUUACAUUAUCCAAACACUGUGAAGUCUAUGAGUUUGGGGACGUGCACCAUUAACAGGAAACAGUGUGAAACAAAGACUCUGAAUGUGGAGCGUCCUGCUGUAGUCCCAGCCAAUAUCUCCAAAAACCUCCAGAAUCAAGUAAGCAAAGACAAAGGUGGAUUGAAAAGAACGUCACAAGAAAUAAUCAACUUGGAAUGCCACACAGUCGUCCCAAACAAGGUUCCCAAAAGCAUCCUGAAUCCUGUAAGAGAAGGAAAUAGUGGGAUCAAAGUUACACAGAGAGAACCUGUGAACCAUAAUGCAGCUCCGCCCACUAUUACCUCCGUCAGGGUUGUCAACAGGUUGACUAGCACCCCGCAUCCACAAAACAUGGGAGCUUGUGUUUCUCAGAGAGCAGUGGAUGAGAGAAAGACUUUAAUUCCAGAGCAUUCCAAGAGCAUCCCACCCAGGAGGUCAAGUGAAAUAAAAAGCCUUCCUCAAGAUGUGUCGGUGUCUGUUAAGAUGGAACCCGGGGAGAUCUGCCCUAAGAACAGCACUUCAAAAAUAAGGAAAGAGGCGAUAGGCUUGAACCAGCAAAGUUUGAAAUCAGCUUCUCCAUCCUUGAGUGUUCCCAUUGCUGCAGCGGCCCAAGCAGUUUCAGUUUGUAAGGAUAAUGUUGCAAAUCCAUCCUUUUCAUUACCCAGGACUGUAACUGAGCCCUCAUCAGUCAAAACACCUGUGCUUUCUAAUCGCACAAAUUCUAAGAUCUCAACUUGGAACCAGGAAGUCGGAUCCAAUGAGAGAGCUGGAGAGGGAGAUGUGCCUGAAAGUUUUCCGGUCAUCUCUUCCGUGUUUUCAUUAAGUCAACAACCGGAGGACGUGCAAGGCUCCAUUCAACCACUGGUAAUGGCUCUGCGUGGUAUAGUGAUGGAUAAAAGUAACAGUUCUGGUGGUACAACUCGAGAGCAUACCAGGAUAACAAACAGCACAGAGCAGGUGAAGGAGGCGCCGACAUCAGGGUACUGUUCUCAGGUGGCCACAAAAGAGAGAGCCUUCACCCGCGACCUUCUGUUGACAGAGCUGACCAGUGAGUCUGUAAAAGUAGAGGAGCAUGAUAAGGGUAUUCAGCACCCUCAUGCACUGCCCCACAACCUAACCAAUGUCAAGGUGGAAAAAAAGAGCACUACGCCAAAAGACAAUAAUAAAUGCAGUCACACCUUCCACAAACCUUCCACAGCUGAGGAAGCUGUCUCUAAAAUUGCCACACAUGUAGAUGCGUCUGGGACGGCAGACUCUCCGCAGCAAACGGCAAAAAGUGAACAGGACAUCUCCUCUAAGUUCCUGACUGUGUCUCUGAAAAGGGUUCAAGUAGGCGUUUGGAAAAAAAGCAAGAAGGGACUGAAACUUAGAAUAUCCAAAUACAAGACUCAGGUGCCUAUGGCAAGUCUAGCUGACUGUACAGUUAUUUACCCAAUGCCGCUGAAGGUGGACCAACUGGUGAAACGACCAGGGCCGUACCAGCCUGUGGUGGUGCUCAAUCACCCAAAGCCCCGGGCCCCCAUACAGGGAGUGAGAGCAGACACUUUAGCUGAAACAGGAGCCUCUGAGGUGGUUCCAAAGUGCCAAAUCUUAAAAAUGAGGCUGAGCAAAGUGAUGGGGCAGAAGUAUGAGGUGAUGGGGUGCACUGUUGGAGUGUCUCCGUGAAUUUAUCAGACAAUGCAUCAAUGGACUGAGUGUACAUUUCCAGAAAAAACUAGUAUUACAGUCGGAACAUGUUGACCUUGAAAACUGACAAAAUAUUAAGGCAAUUAUUUUCUUUAUGGGAGCAUAAGAUUUAAUGGACAUCUUAGUAUCACUGAACAUUUUGUUAUACCAAUGUUGUUUAUAUAGGCAUGGGAUAUGGAAUAUUCAAGUGCAAUGCAGUUUUGCUGCUUUGAGUCAUGAAACAUGGAUCACCUGUAGUAGAUUGCAGUCAGUUUGAGAAACCAGUAGAUGUGCCAGAGUUGAGGCAUAAACGCAUGCUGUUUACUUAAAAAGGAUAUCAUAAUGUAUUUAUUUUUUUGUUCGCAUAAGUAAUAUUUUACUGUUCAUCUGGCCCCUCUAAGAUCCAACUGCAAAAUAUAAACAACGAAGAUAAGGAACAUGCACAGCUACCAUUUUUAUUGAAGGAAAAAUCAGUGGUGUGGGUAUUAAGUAAUACUGAAAUAUUUGGUUUGUGGUGACAUUUGUGUAAGAUGUAAUAUCCCGUGGGUCAAACCUCACAUGCAAUAUUUGGCACAAAAAAGUUAACAAUGAAAAAUAUGUUAUUCUAAGCUCCAUUUGCUGUUAUUACUCAGAUAAACACAACAUCCCAGGGCAAGAAAAAAACAAAACUUCAAAAUAUAUGGACGUAAAACACUUAAAAAGCCUAUAAAAUGUUUUGCUUCUUAGACAGGGACCCCUUAUAUGUCUUUUGUUGUGACGAUGGCUAGUUGCAUAGACACUUAUGCUGCAUACCAAUUCACAAGUUGCACCCAGUAAGUCAAACAUUUCAAUGUCGAUAACUGGUCAACAAAGCAUGUCCCAAAUGCCACUUCAAAUCUGGCCUGAGAAAUUAGGCUUUCUUUGAGAUCACAGCCAGUAUCAUAUGUGCAGCACUCAGUAUCUUUUUAUCCAUAGUAUGUUGGUCACUAGUGUAGUGGUGCAUUCAGGCACUUCUUGCAAACUCUUUAAUCUUGUUGUGUAUGACCGUGUCAUAUUUACCAGAUGAUCAUUGGUCACUGGUAAAAUUCUCAAAUGAACUGUACCAAUGGAAAAGACACAGCCAAGUGUAAAUAAUAUAAGCUGGGCACACACACCACUGUUUGUUUUGUUAAUCAGUUUGCAUAUGUUGUGAAUCACUGGGUGUAGCAGAGAAGUUAUCUUUGCCCGUUGUAUGUCAUGUGUUGUGUGAAGUGAAAGAUAGUGUAAGCCUGGGUAAUAAGGAAUAUGCCCAAGUUUUCCACCAGUAUUUACCAAUUUGCUGGCCAUUCUUGGUGAUAAAUUUUAAUGUUUUUAACUUUACCAGUUGACGAGGAGUGCCUGAAUGCACCACCGUUAGUUUUGGUUUAUGUGAGGCUGCAGCUAAAAACUACAAUUUUGACGAUUUCUUAUAGUCCCUAGUACAGAUGGAUAAGAAAGGUGAACUUAUUAAUGGCUAGUUUCUGUUACUAUAUAAUUCCUAUUAUUUUUUACCACAUAGGUGUUUGUUUUCAUGUGUGUAAUUAAUCGCAUAUAUUUUGUGAUUAACUUAAGGAUACAGUCCCAGAAACAAGUGUUAAUGCAGAAUAAUCCUCUUGGACCAUUGUUACUCCUUGUGCCAUACAGUUUGCUUUCCUUACUGUCACUGCAUAACCUCUUUGCAGAAGAAACUGGAGUUUCUUAAAUAGCGGUGCAAAAUGGAGUGGAUCAAAGCAGCCCAAACUGGUUUAAUACUGUAACAAAAAGCCACAUACUUGUAUUUUUUUUUAAUUUUAUCUUACUGCCAUGUACAUAAUCAUUGAUUGUUGUGAUUCUGGGGCCCUUGAAACCCAUUAAAACUUGUAUAUUUUACAAAAAAACA